AUGGUGAAAUCCAGCUCCUGUUUGAGACUAAUCACAUGCGGUGGUGGUGCUGCUGCUGAUAAAGAACAAGAUCAACAAGUUGUUUCUGAGGUUAAGGAUUCUAAUGAUAAGCGCGGUUGGAGUUUUCGGAAGAGAUCUGCGAGGCAUCGUGUGCUUAGCAAUACUGUGAUAGCAACAGAGACUCCGACUUCGGCGAAUAAAGAGAUUUCGGAAUAUUCAAGCGUUAGUUUUCAAUCUCCAGCUGAAUCUAUUGUUGUUGAAAAGAUUUGUACGACAGAUUUCUGUAGCGAGAAGCCUCAGUUAUCGUCCAAUGCAUACUCAGAGGUGCCAGAAACAAUUGUCACUGAAAAUGAGGAUAAGGUGGACGUCGAUAUACCGGAAUCUGCUGUGAUAGUCGUCCAGGCUUCCAUUAGAGGAUACUUGGCUCAGAGAGCACUGAUAAAGAGUAAAAAUGUAGUGAAGUUGCAAGCUGCUGUUCGUGGGCACUUGGUUAGGAGGCAUGCUGUUGGGACGUUACGAUGUGUUCAAGCUAUUGUUAAAAUGCAGCUCCUUGUACGAGCUCGACAAGCUCAGCAGUCACAUUCAGAUCGCAAUAAUGAACAUCAGUCGGCCAAAUCAAAUGCAAAGCACAGUUCUGUGGAAAAGCUUCUCAGCAAUAAAUUUGCUCGUCAGCUGAUGGAAUCAACACCGAAAAACAAAUCUAUCCAUGUCAAAUGUAAUCCUUCUGAAGGUGACUCUGCUUGGAAAUGGUUGGAGAGAUGGAUGUCUGUUUCAGCGAAAGAUUCUGCAGAAAAUAAAAAGCCAGUUAGUACGACAGAACAAUUGGAUGAAACCCGCGAUAGCACUCGUGUCUCUCAAUUGGAAACAGAUAUUCCAUCUGAAGUUAUUCUUCAGUUAGCUGAUUCACCUCUACCAUCCGAGGACGAAGAGAAAACCUCUACUUACGAUGAUACGAACUCAUACUUUCAAGCAAGUCCCUCUAGAUCUUCUCUCAUAAAGGAUAAGUUGGAAGAGGGUCCUCCCGAAAAGACGGUUACAGAUAAUGCUAAAGAAGUCUCUCCUGAAAUAGAUUCUUUCCGAAAUGAAAAAACAGAUUCAAGCGCAAGUGUCCGACAGGAUCCUGGUUCUCAGGAUCGAGACGUUGAUGGUGAAAAGUGCAAACAGCCAGUUAAAGCAUUUGCCUCAGACCAACUAGAGACCGAGGGAAAGAAAAUUGCAAGUGUAUCAAGGAAGUUAAGCAACCCUGCAUUUGUUGCUGCUCAAUCAAAAUUUGAAGAGCUGAGUUCAAAUGCGAAUUCGAGCAGGCCAAGCUAUUUGUUCGAUCAGGAUGUAUCGGUUGAAUCACAAGCAGAUACUGCAUAUAUAUCAAAAGAGUUCAUCUCAUCUGAGAAUUCUACACCCUAUCCUUCCAGAAUUGGUGAUCCUGAAAGUGGCACGGUACUCUCUAUUUCUUCAACUCUUGAUUCACCUGACAGAUCAGAGACUUUGGAAAGCGAGCAUGAUGCCAAAGAUUUAGUGGAAGGGAUAGUUAAUCCUGAAAACAAGACUGGUCACAGUGUUGAGGCCGACACUCCUUCUGCCACUCUGACUUCUAACUUACCUAUCUCUAGUUCGAAUCAAUUAGAAAAUGUUAACGGCUACACUGGUAAUAUUGUCGAUUCAGUGAACUCCAAAGAGCCUGCGGUUGAGCCUGAUAAAAAUGCAUCUGACCUGCUUACUGAACAAACUGAGAAUGUUCGGCAGGAUUUCAAGUUAUCUCCAGAAGCUUCACCAGGAAGCUAUAUGACAAUUCCUGAAUCUCAAGGAACUCCUUCAAGUCAGGUUUCAGUGAAACCUAAAGAUAAUAAAAUCAACAAGACUGGAUCAAGCAGCAGACGUAGGGUACUGUCUGUCGGCAACAAGUCUCCUGCAACUUCAAACAAUGAUUCAGGCUCAAGAGUGUCCGUCGGUAACAAGUCUCCUGCGAAUGCAAAUCCCGACUCAGGAUCAAGAGGUAGUAAAGAACAAUUGCCUAAAGAUCAUCUAAAUGGAAAGAGACGCAAUUCAUUUGGCUCGAUAAAACCAGAUCACAACGAUCAAGAACCUACUAAAGAUAAUAGCAGUAGUAACAAUAUAUCUCUUCCUCGUUUCAUGCAAGCUACACAAUCUGCUAGGGCCAAGAUAAAUUCAAACUCCUCUCCGAGAUCAAGUCCAGAUGUACACGACCAAGACGUUAGCAUUAAGAAGAGACAUUCCUUACCUGGUGCAACCGGUAGGCAGGGUUCUCCCCGUGUCGAACAGUCAAUAUCUCCAGCUCAGCAGGGAACAAAGGGCAACAGCUCAACUGAGAGAAAAUGGCAGAGGUGA